AUGAGACAGAAUUGGGGUUUUGGGAGGGAGAAAGUGGAGAAGCUCUUCUACAAUGGCGGGGAGAAUUAGUAGUGGUGUUGCCUUGUUAUCGAUUUUGGUGGCUUCUAUCUGUACAUCAUCUGUCUCUGCUUCUACGCCUGUGUCAACCUUUGUGAAGAAAACCAUUUCUUCCCAUAACAUUGUCGUUUUCUCCAAGUCUUACUGCCCGUACUGUAUGAAGGCAAAAUCUGUUUUCAAAGAGUUGAACCAGACGCCCCAUGUUGUUGAACUAGAUCAGAGAGAUGAUGGUUUGGAUAUCCAAGAUGUCCUGAGCAAGAUGGUUGGUAGGCGUACUGUACCUCAGGUCUUCAUUAAUGGAAAGCACAUAGGCGGUUCAGAUGAUACUGUUGAAGCAUAUCAUAGUGGAAAAUUAGCCAGGCUUUUAGGCAUUGCAGAGGACGACGAUCUUUGAG